UAAGGACAUGCUGAUGAUGUAAUGGGCGCCACAGACUUACUGCGAGUGAGAGUCAGUUUGCAGAGAACUUCUCAUAAUGUUUGGUUUUCCGGAUGGAAUGUCCACAUCACCGGGAAAACAGCCUUUUCCAGGGAUUUUAAAGACGGAAAGAACGACUUCUUUGUGCAGACUCAAGCUCUCAUUGAAAAGACAAAAGAUACUGCAAAAUUGAGAGAAAAAUGAACAAGCAAUCUCAACUGUAAAAGAGGAGUUAACCAAGCUGAAGGAUUUUACCACAACAUUUAAUUGAGGUGGAAGAACAGAAGCGUACAAUCAAGGAUUUGACUGUCCCCAUCAUUCAUACUGAGAAGGGGCUCCAUCCACUGAUCCACCCAGUGUAAAGGAACAGCUCACAUUUCUGCAACUGCAGAGCUGCUUAACCAAGUUUCCAUGACGGCCCCGAGCCUGUUAACAGAGGUGGAGGUGCUGAGGAAGAGGGUGGUGGAAAUGGAAGGGAAGGACGAGGAGCUGAUACGGAUGGCAGACCAGUGUCGAGACCUUGACCGCAGACUAACAAACGAGGCCAGGCACUGUCGUGGCUUAAAGUUUGAGGUGGAUAAGCUCAACGGCAGAAUCUGUGAAAUGGAGAGGAUGGAGGAAGCUUUGGGCAAAAGCAAACAGGACUGUAGUAUUCUGAAGAGCAACUUGGAGAAAGAGAGAGAGUACAGCAAGAUGAUGUCUGGAGAGCUUGAUGCACUGAGAAUUAGGGUGAGAGAGCUGGAGGCUGUUGAGGGUCGGCUAGAAACAAGUGAAAUGAUUGUUAGACAAGACCUGGGCAAGCUCCGAGCGCUGACUGCGGCUCUGGUGGAGGACAGAAAGAGUAUGGCAGAGAAGCUCCGACAGGCAGAGGAAAAAGUGAGUAAGAAAGAGAGCAAGAAAAAUGAGCAAGGUAAUUUGGCAAUGAUGACAGAGAGGCUGAGAGAGGAAAGGCAGCUGGCACUAAGAUCUAAGGCAGAUUUAGAAGAGAAGAUUAAGGACAUUAUGAAGGAAAAGGAUGAGCUCAGAGACAGACUGAAAACAGAGGAGGAGAGGAACAGGGAGCUACAGAGUAAAAUAACCACAAUGAAGAAAAAGUUAAACCUCUUUGAGAACAGGAAGGAAAAAGCAGAGAAGUACACAAGCAACACCAGCCAUUUGUGCCAAUCCGAGGACAACAAAGUUAAAGAGCUGACUAAAGAGCUUGAUGAGCUGCAGAAGAGACUCCAAAACAAGGAGGUAUUGGAGGCAGAACUGCUGAAAGUGGAAGAAGACUUAGAGGCCCUAGAAAGGAGGUUGAAUGAUGAAAGGAGACGGUCGCAAGCUUUAACAGAAGAGCUAGAGGAGGCAAAGAAGGAGCUUUCCAGCUACAAGCAUGGAGAAAAAGAAGAGGUCAACAAGGAACACCUUCUUCUUUGCCAUCUUCAAAAAGAGCAAGUCAAAUCCAGACUCCUAACCAGAGAAAUAGACGCCCUGAAGGAGAAACUCCAGCAGCUGAUGGGGACGGAGGAGUCAAUCUGCAAGGUUCAAAUGGAUCAGUCAACACUGCAGAAAAAACUGAGCCAGCAGGAAGCCAAGAACAAAGAGCUGGCCCAGCAGAUGGAGAAAUUGACCAGUGAGCUCAACGGUUAUAGACAAAUCAAGAACUGGACGCCUGGAACCAAUAACCAUUUCUCAGAUCUUCAUCAGACCACCAAAGAAGUGCAAACUGAUUCUGGGGAAAGCCUUAUUUCAACUCGCAACAUGCACAUCGAGAGAUUAAGUGAGGUAAACACCGACAAGCAUCUAAACCCAAAUACUGAAGUAACAAAUAGAGAAAGCACUCUUGUCAGCAGCAUCGACAACUUCAACACUGCAAAUAACAGCAUGAGCAGCCAUCCAGAAGUGGAUAUGCAGCAAACAGUUAACGGAGAGGUAAUGAUGCUGACACACACACCAGGGCAGCCCUUACAAAUUAAAGUUACACCACAUCACAUGAUCAGCACAGCCACGCUUGAGAUUACCAGCCCUUCUGGAGACACCAGCACUGCCACCAUCCCAACGAGCGGGGCCUCUCCAAAGCAGAGAAUUACCAUCAUUCAGAGCUCAAGUUCACCUGUGGCUAAUCCUAAGAAUCCAUCUUCAAGUCCUGACCGAACCCUUUCCCCGGUCAAUGGAACACCCAUCUCUCGAGUGCUCAGUCCAAAAUCAUCCCGCUCUGCAACACCUGACAACAACUCACCCAUUCAGAUUGUCACGGUCAGGACAUGUUCUCCUGAGCCAACAGAAACUGCAAACCCAGCCGUAUUCUGCAAAACUCCUGAGCGAUCCAACAGCUGGCAGCGUCAAAUGUCCAACAGCAGCGAUACAAGUCCCAGUAUCAUUACAACGGAGGAUAGCAAGAUCCACAUCCAUCUGGGGAGCCCAUACAUCCACCCUCUAAAUGGUAUGGGCCAAAGCAUCCCGCCACCUGUUGGGCCGUACUACCUUCGGCAUGAGCAAAGGACUCAAGUAGUUGCCAAUGGAUGUCACGUGAAAGGUGUUGGCAAGAUCACAAGCAGCAUCACCAUCUCCCCUGCUAAUGCUCAUGCCUCACACUCAAACAUCACCGUUAGUGGUCUUUAUGAUUAGGAGCAAAGAUGUAAUUUAAUACCUAAAUGAGUAUUUGUUUAUUCUCAUAUAACCAUUAUAGCCUCCCAGCGGUGCCUUUGUUAAACCCAUUUACUGCUUCUUAUAACCUUUAAAAAUAUCUUAAUUGCUACUUGUACAACUGUCACUAACUAAAUAUGUAAUGCAUUUAUUGCAAUGUUUGCUUCAUUAACCAUUAUUUUCUGGCAAAUUAAACUUUUUUUUUUUCCAUAGCAUUCACUUUGUGAGUAUUUUUAGAGAUAGUGGGAUGCUCUUUAGUUUAAUACAGAACAGUUACUGGGAUCAAGGGUACCAGGACUUUGAAAGGUUUCAGUUUUUGAAACAAUUUUUAAUUGUAAUGUUCCAAAAGUAAAAAAAAAGCAUUUAAUUAAACAUAAGGGAGCCCCAAAGUGACCACAAUUUUCUCCAGUUUUUUAAAGAACAGAGUAAGCCCCUCCCUCACUUGUUGCUAUGCAAUGCUGAUCAACUGGCUGAAAGAAGCAAAACUGUUUCUUUUUACAACACUUUUCCAUUAACAGUACAAAAGGCUACCAUAUUGUGAGAAUCUUAUGUCUAAUAAAGACAAAAAUAAAUUGAGAAUACCAUCUAGGAAUUUAUUUAUUAAUAAGACUUUUCUAGCAAGAUAAUUUUUCAGGAAUAAUGUUCAAAGUAGGAAAAUUUUUGUUUUUGUAUAAAAACACAACACAUCUAUGUGAAUUUGCCAUCUUGAUAGCAACUAAAAUUUAAGUUCCAAAACUGUGAUGUUAAAAAUAGAGAAAACAUCAAAACAAUUCAAUAACAUUUACUUUAAUACAGAGUAGAAAAUCAUUUCUUCUAUCAAAACAUGAAUACACAAUGCUGAAAUGGGCCCGAAAUAGAGGAUCUGAUCUCAGCCUUCAGCUUGAAAUAAGUUAAAAAAAAAAAAAAAAAAAAAAAAAAAAAAUAAUGAGUUCAAGCUAGAUCUGUCAGUCUGGUAUCUGUAUUAAUGUAAUUUGAUUCUUUCUACAACAUUAAAUCAGAAAUAAAGCAACAAGUGGAAAAUAACUGCAUAGUCACAUAAAAGGGUGUUAGUAAGUGGGUGAUCAAAGUCCUGAUUCAUCAAAGGUGUACUAAAAACAUUUAUUUGAUCUAGUUGCAAGGUAAUGACUUUUGUAAAGGAAUCCAGCAGCAUUUCCGGAAAUGAUGGUAACAGAUUUAGAAGAAGUUAACUAGCCUGGUGUGUUUAGUUGGCGAGGAUGAAUGAGGUAUCUGGCUGUUCAGGGUAUUGCCUGAAACUCUUUUGAAAAUCUCUGUUAUUAUUAGUGUGAACAUUUACCCACAUGAAACAACAUCAUCAGUCACAUGGGGUAUUGCAAAUCUUUGCUUCAUUCAUGAAACUUCAAGGUCAAUUAUAUGCCUUUACGAACAGACUUCAGAUCUCAUUUUCUGCCUUGUCGGUCUGCUGUCACACUUACAGCAUUUUGUUUCAAAGAGCACUGUCAUAUAAAUAUGGUUAAGAAAGGAUGACAGUAAAGCUAAUGGGUCACAGAAAGCAUACAUCUUUGAUAUCUUCCCUCAUCCGUUUGAUAUCAAGGGCAGUGAUGUAUGUUUAUACCAGAUCCAGUGGGAAAGGCAGCUAUUCCUUAGCUGAAAUGAAGCUAUAUUAGUUCAUUACAUGAAAGUAUGCUUUCAAAUGAAAAGCUGAACAAAGAUAUGGCCAUAAUAUUGCUAAUGUCAGAAGCUACUAUACCUGAAUAUUUUUGUUUUUAAGGACUGUGACAAAUAAAACAGAAAAUGUGCUACAAAUUAUGUCAUAGAGGUGGGUAGGUAAGGAGGUAACAGUAUUAAAUACAACAAAAAAUGUUAGAGUAAAGAGGUAUUUCUUUGUGUUUUGCAAGCACAACAUGCUGAUGUCCAAAUAAAAGUGCAAAUUAAAUGCUGAAAGGGAGGAAGUUCUAUGCUUUAUUUAAUUUACUGACAUGAAAGACAUGGGAUUGACGGUACGUUGACCUGUCAAUCACUGAUCAGAACCGAUCAGGAGGAAACUGGUUGGAUUUAAUUUCUGACAAUUGGUUUGUGCAUCUUUACAAAGGGAAGAAACGGCAACAGUUUCUACAACAUGCAAGUAUCUGGAACCCUGCCGAUAUUAUAUGGAAAUGUUACCAUGAAGAAAAAAAUUAAAGCUCAACAAAAAUCUGACAGUAAUAUUGUUUACGUAGAAAGCUGCAGAUAUGUUUACUGGCAUAAAUCAUGGAAUUAAGUGAAAAUAAAAGCACUGAAAUAUUUUAUCAAAUGUCAAUCAUAAAAAAAUGGAAGCAUGGCAAAUAUUUUGCUCUUCUCACUGGCUGUUUAUGAGUACAUACUGUUGUGUUUAUAUUGUUAAGAGCUGAUAAUCUUAAAGACAUUACAUUUAUGAUCAUACCUUGACUGGAGUAACUUUUUCCUGUACUGCUAUUUUUCAGCAAGUGUCUUGUUUUGGUAAGGAUCAUGUGUGACAUUAAUGUAUCGUAUUAAACCAUCCUGAAUAAAAACUCUUCUUUCA